CUCACUGUCCUGGGUGCGCCUCGGGCCGCUGCGCUCCUGGCCAGCUCCCCCCAGCGCCUGGGAGGCGACCCCCGGUGUGCCUGGGUUCAAAGGCCCCGCAGGGCAGCUCCAGCCCCUCUGGGGGGCGGGGAGGUGACGGGGUGGUGCAGAAGCCUGAAAAGCCCGAGCCCACAGCCGGCCAGCUCCGCACAGGGAUGGGCAGCGCACUCUGAAAGUUUGUGAUCGCCGCAGCCAACUCCUGGCGGUAGCUGGAGACGCAGCGAGUGAGCGGCCGGCCUCGAACCCCUGCGGCUGGAAGGCGAGGCCAGCUGUGCCUGGCCCCAGUGCCCUUUCGCGGCCACAAGCGGCCGUCCUUCUGGCACGGUGCUCCGGCGCUUCAUCUGGGUUCAUGGAGCCGGGGCUGUGGCUCCUUUUCGGGCUCACCGUGACCUCCGCGGCAGGAUUGAUGCCCUGCUCCCAGUCUGGGGAUGCUGGCAGGCGCGGAGUGUCCCAGGCCCCCACUGCAGCCAGCUGUCAGGGGGACUGUGAGGAGACUGUGGCUGGCCCUGUCGAGGGGACUGUGGCCCCCACAGCUCUGCAGGGUCCAAGUCCUGGAAGCCCUGGGCAGGAGCAGGCUGCCAAGGGAACCCCUGAGCACCACCGAUCCAGGCGCUGCACGUGCUUCACCUACAAGGACAGGGAGUGUGUCUACUAUUGCCACCUGGACAUCAUUUGGAUCAACACACCCGGACGGACUGUGCCCUAUGGACUGGCCAACAACAAAGGAAGGUUGAGGGGCAAGAGGUCUGCGGGGCUGCUUCCGGGGAGCCUGCCACUCUCACAGCGGCCGCACUUGCGCUGCACUUGUGCGGGGAAAUAUGACAAGGCCUGCCUGCACUUUUGCACCCAAACUCUGGACGUCAGCAGAUAGGUUGAAGUCAAGGACAGACAAAGCAAGCAGGCUUUAGACCUCCACCAUCCAAAGCUCGUGCCCAGCAGUGGACUCGCCCUCGCUCCGCCUACCUGCCCCCGCUGCCUCUUUCAGCAAGGAGCCCCUUAGGAGGACAGGCCUGCAGCAUCCUCGUCUCGCGAGGUUUCUCUCAUUGCUCGCACACAGUUCAGAUUUCCACCUCUUUGUGGACAAGAAGUGAAUUUGCCUGGGGCAGGAAACCCACCCAAAGAGUCUCCACUUAACAAUACCCCCUACUACAAGAAUGCCCAAAUCCAAAUGACCCCAGUUUUCCUAAUGGGUAAAAUGAUCCCAGAUGUGCUCCAGACCAUGACGCCCGCGGCUCCGGUUUCAUGCAGGAAAUUGUGUUUGAGAGGUUUGGCAAGCUGAAAGCCACUUACUGGCUUUUGACAUGACUUCUCUUGCAGAAUAAGUGGACUCCAAAGCUAACUCUCUGCAAAUGUAAACAUGUGUCCAUUUUGUAACAAAUGCAAAAUGCCCAUGCAGCAGGGGCAUGUGACUUUCAUAUCCUGAAAGUCAGACCUAGAAUAGGCCGCAUGGCAUAAGUCAGUGAGGGACACGACGCGUCGGCUUUAGACACGGAUCAUAGCUGUACAGGAGUUUAUGAAUUUGAAGCUUAUGGGAUUUAGGCAGAGAAAUUUUCAGCUGUGCUUGAUACCCACCAAAAGAAUGUAUCUUGAAAGAAGGAAGAAAGAAGAAAAAAGGCACCUUGAUGUUUGUGAUGAGAAAAGGAGAAAGUAUCUGCAACAUGGAGCUUUUCUUGUUCACUGACUGACCUUCCGUAUUCUUUGUAGACACUGGACGGAUACACAAUGGAGUUCCCAGGCCUUGUUUGCAGGAAGCCGACUGUAAAGACAGCCCCAGCUCAAGGCUAUUAGGUUGAAUAUUUGCUUUCAUGAAUAAAUGUGGAUCUUUGGGAAAUGGCUUCAAAAUAAGCCACGAACACAAAUUCUUUGUAAAUUAUGUAAAUUCCUAUUUAUCUUUAUAAUUGGCAACAACUGGGAAUUGUAUUGCCUGACAGUUCAAAAUCUCUUUCAGCUGCACUCGUCCUGCCAAGCUGAGCUUACUGUGAGUGUGGAAAUGUGACUCUGCCAUGUGAAGUCGCCUGCGCAGGGGAGAGGCUGCCCAUCUCCCCACCCAGCUGCAGAGAUAGGAACCGGCAUUUGAGUGUGUGUCCAGGGCCCCGUAUGGAGACAUUUAAGAUGGUGUAUGACAGAGCAUUGGCUUUGACCAAAUGUUAAGUUCUCUAUGUGUAUUUCAUAAGUUAUUACAGGUAUAAAAGUGAUGACUUAUCAUGAGGAAAUGAAAGUCGCUGAUUUGCUGGUAGAAUUUUGUACAGUUUAGAGAAGCAAUUAUUUAUUGUGAAACUGUUCUCCAACUCCUUCAUGUGGAUCUGUUCAGAGUAGUCACUGUAUAUAUGUACAGACAGGUAGAUCGGUAGGUAGGUUUUAAAUCGUGUCCUGAAUCCAAAAUCAUAUUCCUUAGAGCUUAAAUUACAUUUGAAAAAAAAUGCAUAUGCGCUGUUUGGCACCGUGGCAAGAUGGCAUCUCAGAGAAACUCAUUCAUUGCUUGAACACUCAGAAAAUGCUGUCAAAAGCAUAAUAAAAAAUCUAAAAAUUUGCUCUGA